CCUGAAACCCGAAGCUCUACCGAAUUCCCAGGCGACUGAUCUCAACUGUCUAAAGCUUUUUGAUUUUGGGAAUACCGGUUGUCCAACUAUUUGGGACAAGCUGACGCAAGACUUCCUCUCAUAAAAAACCCGCCUCCUCCUCUAAAAACACACCUCUUUGCGUUUGCGUUCAAAGCACUCGAUCUUCGAGCCCAUCAGUCAACACACUCACUCUUAUUUCAAGUCAUCGGAUACUGUAACCAUGUUUUCCUUUCAGGCAACAGAUAAGGCCACCAUGAGCGGCGUCGGGAUGAGGGAAGGGCGUGCCACAGUGGCAGAUCUUCUUCGUGCUGCAGGAUCUGGCGGCGCAGCACCUGUCGCGAACCCUUCGUUGCUGUCCAGCAUUCACGCAACCAAUCUGGCUGCGAGGGCCUUAUUGGCAUCGUCCCUGAGUGUCGAAGAGAAGGCGUAUGUUGCCUCUCGCAUGGGCACUUUGGAGCCUCUGCGGCAGCAGAGAUCCCUUGAUAGUAUUCUGGGACAGCAGAGAGCGGCACUUGUGAAGCUUGCAGCGGGCAGGAGGCUCAUUGAACAGGCCAAACAGAGUCUGAAUCUGGAGGCCACCAUGAGAGCGCAGAUCACCGCCCCUGCCAUCCUUCCAGCCGCGGCACGAACCCCCAUCACUCCGUUGCAAGCCCAAGCACCGGUUCUGACUACCCCCAACUCCCCCCUUGCACAACUCAGCCCUCCCCUUGCACAACUCAAUCCUCCCCUUGCACAACCCAAGCAGGCACCUCCAAAACCAAAGUUUGAGCCCCUGAAAGUGCUUCCGCAGCAGGACACCAAAGGCAACUUCCCCGUCAAGCUCCAUCAGAUGCUCUCCGAUCUUGAGAAGAUCCCUGGAGGGAGUGAGAUUGCCUCCUUCCUUCCACACGGAAGGACCUUUGCCAUUCACAAGCCCCGCGAGUUCGUCCGCCAUGUGAUGCCCAAGUACUUCAAGAUGGGCCGUUUCAGCAGCUUCCAGAGGCAGCUGAACCUCUAUGACUUUCAGAGGAUCACGGAAGGCGUUGACAAGGGCGCCUACAGCCAUCCCAUGUUCCUGUACGGUCAACAGCAAGCGACGCUGUCCAUGAAGCGCAACAAGAUCAAGGGAGUCAAGAAGGCCAAGGAGGCUGCCCAGAAGGCUGCCGCAGCCAAGCUCGAAGAAGCCUCUGCUUCGAGCCAUAAUGUCGAAGGGGACGAUGACGAUUCGGUAUGAUCAUCAUUAGUUUGCCCUUGGUACCGGCAGAGGUUGAGUGGACGAGGACAGUGCAGCGGUGACCCACCCGUUGCUUCGCCCCCCAAAGAGCACAGUUUGUAGGGAGGAUUUUCAUUUCAUUCAUGUAAAGCAUUAAAGUAAUCUAUUUAUCUUAUUCC